CCAGUCUUCUGCCAGUGGAAAAUUCACAGGUCAGCCUUACACAGACACAAAGACAUCACACCAUUGUGAAGGGGAAAAACAAUGAUUUCCAGCUACAUGAUCAUGACCGCUCUGGCAACUACAGCUCUGGCAAAAGGGUCUACUGAAUGCCGUUUCUCUGAACCUACUGGAGCUCGGCAGUGUUUUGGAGCCGUGGGACAGCUGUUGAUGUUUCAUCUGCCAAAUACAGCAAAUACAGAGGUUAAGUUGAAAAAGGAUAAUAAAUACAUUAUUUUAAAAAUAGUUAAAAAUCAGAUAGUGACUCAGCAUGAGGAAUAUAUGAAUCAGUCUGAACUCUUCACCAAUGGAACAUUCAAGCUAGGUAACGCAAUGAAGAGACACUCUGGAGAUUACCGGUUGGAAGAAUUUGGAUCUAACGGUACUUUACUGAAAGAAGUGAAUGUGCAUCUAGAAAUACAAGCUCCAGUGUCAAAGCCAGCUGUGUCUCAGAUGUGUUUGUCACCAGAACAGAUGAACAUCAGCUGCUCCUCUGAGGGAGACGGAGUAGAGUUCAUUUUGACUUUGGACGGUCUCUUAUUGAUGCAGACCACAGGCCACAGCCAGUCCCUGAGCAGCUGGACAGCAAACAUGCAGUCACUGGCUGGGAGUAAACCUGAACAAGACAAACCCAGUGUUUCAACUGUUACCAUCAGCUUACAGGGUCAGCUGACAGGAAACGUGAUGUGUCGUGCUUGGAACAAUGUCAGCAGAGAUGAAACAGUUAUUCAUCUUAAAAGCUGCAAAGCUGUUACUUCUCACUUCCCUGUUGCUGCAGCUGUGAGAGCUGGUGUUGUCACGCUACUUCUUUUGGCUUUGUGUCUCUGUAUCUGCCGUGUACAUAAGAAAACAAGACUCAUGACUGUUAAAGAAGAACACUCCUGGACGAAUGAGGGACUACACCGUCUUACUCAAAAGAGGAUAUUAAAUGAAUAGGCUGAAACAACACAGACUCCACCAAUUUCCACAUCACAUUGUAAAAUUAUAAAUACACCUCCAGUUAUGUUCAGUGCAGGUUGAGCUCAGAAGUCCACUCCUCAUCACAUCCACCACAACCACCAGUGUCUAGACUCCAUCAGGGGGGAUAUCCUAUACCAGACCUCCUCAACUAGCGGCCCGCGGGCCACAUCUUGCCCAGAGGCAACUUCCGAGCGGCCCAGCAUACACAAAUCUGAUGCAUGACAAAAUGGAUGAAUGGAAGGAGCUGACGAGUGAGUCAUCUCGCUUCCUUCUCAUCUCUGUUGAGAGUUCCACAUGUGCAGUACCGAUCGGGCAGGAAGACACCGCCAAUCAUAUCUUUCACAAAUCAACGUUUUCUCAUGUGACUUCCGACCACGCUUAGUAGCUUUUCAAAACAUCUGGCUAUUGACAGUCACAAGUAGGGAAGUGCUCUACUCUACGUUUCCUGGUUUUGGAAACGGAAUUUGGAAUUUCGCUUUGAGCGAUUUCAAGUAUGAGCUCCAAGCAAUGUAGUGAUCAUUAUGUGACCACAAGGUGGAGCCAAUCAGAAUCAGAUCAGAAUCAAAGGUCCUCACAUGUAACCAGAAAGUAACUACAUUAAAUCAAGUACUGUAAUUUUGAGGUUCUACUUUACUUUACUGUAAUUACACGUAAUGCUACUGUAUACUACACUAUACAUUUCAGAGAGAAAUAUUGUAUUUUUUAAGGAUGAAUAUAACAAUACUGACC